UGUGAUGGAAUGGCAGUAAUUGACUACAAAACACACCAAAAAAUUUGGGACAUCCGAAAAUAUUGUUGUGCAUUGUGAAAAAGAUCAAGCAAAUGGCAUUUUUUAAAAGCUUCCAACAAAGUAUAGCCCUUCCAUCAGUGUCCUCUUUAGUUGAUUCCCUAAGUAACGCAGUAGACGAUCUGACUAGUGCUGUGGGAGAUGUUGGCUAUACUGUGGCUGACUCAGUGACAGAACAAGUGACUAGUAUGAUACAUAGUCUUCGGACAGAACAAGAAACUGAGCAAGAUGGAGCAGGAAAACCUAAAGAAGAAAAUGCUACACCAGUAGAAAGUACUGCAGAAACUACAACUAAGAAAAAAAAGUCAGACAAACAGAGAGAAAAGGUGAAGAAAGAUCAUAUUACUUUGGAUGCUGAAAAUUUUAUAGAUGUACAAAGUGAUAGCAUGCCUGAGUACAAUAAGGGCAAAAGGCAUAGGCAGAUAAAACGUGAGUCAGCAGUAAAUAUUUCUGAUGGUGAUCCAGAUAUGAAAAUGAACGAGUAUUCUACAGAACCACAUCAUUCGAUUAGAACUUCUGUUUCUGUAGCAGAUAAAAAUCAUGUUGAUGGCACAAAACCAGAAGGAAAAACAACUUUUAAAAACAGCAAUGCAUCAUCAAGGGACUUAAAAGAUUCAGAAUCUGAAAAAAAACACAAACGCAAAGUAACCAGUUCAGACUCUGGGGAUCAGGAUAAAGCUUUGUAUUCAUCUGUCUCUGAUGACUGUGAACAAACAGAAAGAGCCAAAGUUCACAAGUCCAAAUAUAAAUCAUCGGACUUGAAUGAAAGUACUGAAUAUAAUACUAAUGUGACUGUAAAUUCAAAAGACAAAAGUAAUACGUCAAGCAAAAACAAACAAAGUGAUGAGUCAAAGACACCUCUUGAGCUAAAAAGGGGUGGGAAACAUUGUGGAGAUAAAGAAACUAAAACAGAUGAUUGUGCACUAAGUGGAAAGACAUCAGAAAUUAAAGGUGCAAAUAAAAAUGAUAAACAUGUAACUGAUCAUUUUGAGGACACUGACCGAGACCAUGCUGUUGCUCAUAAAGAACUCCCUAACUCAAAGGUAACAGAUGGAUCCCAAGAUAAAGACAGUAAACUGAAAAAACACGAAUCAAAGAAAGCUGAUAAGAUAUUGUCUGAUAACAGCAUGGAAAAAAGGAAGCAUGAAGGUGAUCAUAAUGGAAAGGCAACAAAAAACAAGGAAACCAGCAAAAUCAUUUCCAAUGGUGCAAAGUGUUCAGUAAAUAAGAAUGAGUCAGAUUCAUCAAAAAUAGCAUUCAAACAACACCACAAGAAGGAUAAAGAGACUAAUAACAUUACAGAGGAACAAAAACACAAAAAAGAAAGAAGCAGUAAGAAGACAUCAUCCAAAGAGAUGUUGCAAAGAUUAGAUCGCAUUGAGCGGAUGCAUCUGUCUCAGACACCCCCAGAAGCAGUUCUUAACAUCAGGGAAGCACAUUCUCAGAGAGGAGUAGAAGGAAACAAUGCUUCACAUAUGCUACAAGACUACGAGUUUGGUCGGAUCACAGCACAGACUGCAGCUACUAGUUUUUCACUUCCACGUGUGCAGACAUCUCAGGAAUUACAAAAUAUAAAUGGAGGAGGACAGACAGAGGUUCUCACUAUCAAUGAGUGGAUUGCUUCCAAUUUCAGUUUCUCAACCGAGAAUCGAGUAAAUACUGUCAGUUAUGAAAACAACUUGAGUAAACUUGAUAAUUUGCUAUUUGAAAGGUUAGUGCAAUGUUUCACAGCCUUACUAUAUAAACCAAGCAGGGCCUUCUUACAUUUGGAAAGGAAAGCUGUUAUCGUUAUUUUCAAGAAGACAUCAAAUCUGAAAAGUUUAUUAGAAAAAGGAAAAGAUAAUGUUGGAAUGGAAAUUACUCCACCUUUAGUGGGUUGUUUCAGAAUGGCUGAAGGCAAUGACCCUAUGUUAAAUGUCAGUGUAUACUCAUUGCCUGAUGAGAUCAGGGUUCUUACAGACAACUUACAACAAGUAGUUGGAAAAGCAGAAGAUGUGAUUCAUAAAGGCUAUAUCAUUAAGGCUUUGACAGUGAAAAAAUCAGUGAAGCAGCGGUCUGGAGCACCUGAAGAUGCUACAGGUAGUGCACGUAAAUUAGAUAGGUUAGAUUCUUUUUCCAAUGACGCUAACAGGGGUAGCAAAGAUUAUGAGAAUGAUAAGAACAAUUUGACCUCUAAUAUGGACAAUAAUGUCCUUAAAGAAAAGGAUGGUGUUUUUUCAUCCUUGUCUUCAUCUUCUUCUACAGAAGAUGAUAUGGAAAGUGAAAAAGGUGAUAGAGAGCAUUGUGGUUCCUCUUCUGAAAGUGAAAAUGAAAUGGGAAAAUAUCCAGAAUCCAAAACACAUGGUGCCCGGGGAGCAAUGGCAGAUAAUUCAAAUCAGAAAGCAUAUAUGUGGGAAACAAGACAUAAAUACAGCCCAUUAUCAGCAGAAUACGAUGGGUACAGUAGUGAGGCCUCAACAGAUGAAGCUAACUGCAUUCAGAGAAUGAGAAGAACACCACCAUUAGAUGAACUUCAGCCUCCGCCUUAUCAGGAUGACAAUGGGUCACCUCACCUGUCUUGCACACCUUCAGAUCUUGGGGACAGUAAACGUGAGUUCUCUAAUUGCAGCAAUAGCCCUCGUUAUUCCUACACUAAGUGCCCGAGCGAGGGAAGUAUAGGCCAUGAGACAGAGAGCUUCCACAACAAAGGCUAUGAAGAGGAUGUUCCUAGUGAUAGUACCGCUGUUCUUAGUCCAGAGAACUUGUCUGCCAGAGGAUCGUCUGCACAGCUUCCAAAAACAUUUGACCCAGACUCUGUAACAAAGUAUGGAACAUUGGAUGUUACAUUCGACUAUGAUUCACAGGAACAGAAACUUUUAGUGACAGUCACAGCAGCUACAGACAUACCAGCAUAUAGCAGAACUGGCAACAGUUCAUGCCAGGUCCAUCUGGUUCUACUACCCACAAAGAAACAGAAAGGAAAAACCAGUGUUCAGCGGGGACCAUGUCCAGUUUUUACAGAGACAUUUAAGUUUAACCAUAUUGAAUCAGAAAUGAUUGGAAAUUAUGCAGUACGAUUCAGAUUAUACAGUGUACGCCGGAUGAAAAAAGAAAAAAUUGUAGGGGAGAAGGUAUUUUAUUUAACUAAAUUGAACCUUCAAGGGAAAAUGUCAAUCCCUGUGAUGCUUGAGCCGCCUUGCAGCCUCAUGGGCUGCGACUCCCAGAUGAGUAUGUCAGAAAUGUCUUGCAGUGACAGUACAUCAUCUUGUCAGUCUUUGGCACAUGGUUCUACUCCACAGAUUCUUAUCGGCCUGCUCUACAACGCUACUACAGGCAGACUGUCAGUAGAAGUGAUAAAAGGAAGUCACUUCAGAAACCUGGCAGCAAACAGACCGCCCAAUGGACUGUUCUGUUGUCUAAAACACUUAAUAGGUGGACAGGUUUAUAUAAUCCGAGAUACAUAUGCUAAGCUAACUCUGCUAAACUCUAUGGGCCAAGAGAUGUCCAAGUGUAAGACAUCAGUUCGGAGAGGUCAUCCAAAUCCAGUUUACAAAGAAACCUUCAUUUUUCAGAUUGCAUUGUUUCAACUUUCCGAUGUGACUCUUAUUUUAUCAGUUUAUAACAAACGAAGUAUGAAACGCAAAGAGAUGAUAGGCUGGAUAUCUUUAGGUCUGAACAGCUCAGGUGAAGAAGAACUUAACCACUGGACUGAAAUGAAGGAAUCCAAAGGACAACAAGUAUGUAGAUGGCACAAUUUACUUGAGUCUUAGCAAAUGGGGCAUACGGGCAUCAGUGUCUCAGGAGAAAAAUAAUAGGUUUCAACAAGACUAGCUCUGUCUGACUCAACUGACACUCAUAGUCAAGCACAUUUAACAUCCCAGCUUAAAGAACGCACAGCAUAUCAAUAAGUGAAACAUCACAUUUCUCCAGAAAGUCAUAUCUAAGAUGAGCAGCUGAACCUUAAUUUUGAAUGAUGAGUUAAAAUACAUUUUAUUUUUUGUUAAGUUAUUUCUUUUGUUCUAAUCAUGAUGAUCCAUGUUACUUACUGACUUAAGAAAUAACAGGGAAGUAUAAAAAGUAUGAAUAGCUGAUUUGCUUUAUAAUGAUACGAUCUUUUGUUUAUGUAUGUUGCUUCAUGUGAGAGGUUUGCUGCAUGUUCUAAUCUUUUUAAGAAUAACUUACACUGAACAUAUCAAGUGCUAUUGUUUCAGUUUUAACUUACCCCAAAUAGAAAACCAGUCAUAGAAAAAAUAAUCAUAGUAACAAAAAAGAAGGGCAACGGGAACUCAAAUUUCAGAUAAUGGGACGUGCAAAUUCUUUAUUCAGUUACAUUCGAACAAAAGCAAUCUUCAUAUUCUAUCUUGGCUGCUAAGUAACUGUCAGGUAGGAUAAUUAGCAUUAUUUUAGGAUUACGACAAUCUUUAUGAUGACAUUUCCUUUAUCUUUUUCUAGUUAAAGCUUCAGUAAUUGUUGAGUGAUGGCAAGAAGGAAAACAGACAUUUCCCAGUUCAAGUCUCAGAGCUUUCAAAAGCAAAUGUUAUUCAGUCAUAGAUUACUGGCUUUGCUUGCAAAGAGAAUUCUUUGUCUUCUCUUCAGUCCUUUAGUCAGAUCUAUGCAGAAGAUGGUUUUACAGAAGAGCUGUGCUCCAGGGAAAUUCUGUUUUCAUUCUGUUUCAUGCCAUAAGAACAACAAACAGAAUAUAUGAAUUUCAUUUUUCUCCCGACAAGUUGAGGACUUUCUUGACCACCAGUAAUGUGAAUUACAUAUAUAAACAUGUUAUUCUAGUAUUAAUUGAAUAAACUGAUAAUCUGAUUUUCACAAAAGAUACUGUGCUCAUUUGACUGGUCAGGGAUUAUAUGCUUAUGCAAUAUCAAAAUAAAGGGGUAUUACAUUUGGUGUUACAUAUCACAUGCUAGUGUAUGAAUGUGUAUGAAGGUGAUUUCACAGUUUAGUAGACAAGUAUGUUACAAAUGUCCAUUAAGAACUGAUAUCAGAAUCUGUGUAUCAUUUAUUAACUUGAAGUGAGUAAGUUUUUGUUAUAACCUUUUGCAUUGUGCAAAGGUCAGGUGAUUAACAGAAUUGCGACUAAUCAAUUUAUCUGUCAAUUGAAAGGCACCUUGUGAAUCACUCUGUGCCCUUCUGUUAUUCAGUAUUUUGUAAUGCAUAGCUAUCUGUAAAACAUUCUGAGUCAGUUUGAAAAGCAAUAGAUGACGUGAGGUUAAGCCUACACUGAAGCAAUAUGACUAUAAAUUAUUACAAAAGAGAGUAUAGUAUCAAUUUAUCUGCGGAGAACUGACUCAUGUAUUUCAUGUUAGGAAGUAACAAUCACUUCUUGUCUUAUUACUAAAGCUGCUUUAAAAUUCUGGCAUAUGUUUUAUAUACAUCUUGAAGCAAAUCUACAUAAAAUGUCACUUGAA